AUGAGCCCUUCCAGCUCUGAAAGGUCCUCGAGCAGCGGUUCAGGCUCAGGCGAUAGGCCAAAGGAAGCACCGCCGAACACGACGAAGGAUGUUGCAGCAAAAGCCGCAGGAGAGGAGGAAUCUGAUUCUGAUGAGCAGGAGGCUUCCCGUGAAGAAGCUGAGGAGGAGAAAGAGGAGGAAGAUGAAGAGGAGGAUCCCGAGGAGAAGGAAGGAGCAGAGCAAAGUGAAGAAGGAAAAGCCAAAGAGGUGAAAGAUCCCGACAGUUCGGACUCGUCGGAGGAAGAGAAGGCAAAGAAGGAGGAAGCACGUGUUCGACUUGUGCCGGCGGGCCGCGCCCGCUCGCGAUCCGAGAAGGAGCAAAGCAAGCGCUCCAAGUCAAGGAAGAAGGACCGGUCUGCCAGCAAGCGGAAGAGGCACGCUUCCAGCUCUCCGAGUCGCAGGCGAAAGUCGCCAAAGCGCCCCAGCCGGGCACGUCCGGUGCCGAAGCGAGACCGCUCGCGCUCCAGGUCGGCGAGAAACAAGAAGGACCGCAACAAGCGUUCCAGGUCAAGAAAGAAGGAAAGAUCCUCCAACAGACGGAAGAGGCAUUCCAGCUCCAAGAGUCACAGGAAGAGGAGCCUCUCGAAGACCAAGGCGACAAACAAGGCUGUCGACGAUGCCCAGGCCAGAGCCAAGCUGGCAGCUGCUCCUGAAGCUCAGAAAGAGAUCACCUCCGCGACCAAGCCAACUGGUCAGACUCCGGCCUUGUCUGCUGCGGAAGAGCUGCGGCAGGCGCUGUUUGGAACGAAGCCGGCGGCGGAAGCCCCAAAGCCUGCGCCUCCGAAAAUCUCCUUCGGCAUACCCAAGAAGCCGCAGGUCAUGGAUUGGAGAAGGCGUUCAGCUCCCGAGACAAAGCCCUUGCAGCAGAACAGCAGCAUGGUGUCUGUUCCAGGCACCGAGUUUGCUUUCCGAGCACAUGCAGGUGAGUUGGCCCAAGCCGUCGCCGCUGCUCAAGCGUUGCACAAUCCUCGCAAUCGGGAGAUAUCGCGCAAGAUCGCCACCCUCCUGGAGCAGUGCCCGCCAAUGACAGACGAAGCAUUGACUGCCUUACGCGCGCUGCCGUCCGACCAGGUUGUUCAGGUGCUGCAAACCCUGGCAAGCAAGCGUGGCGAGAUCUCUGACGCAUCGGUGUGGGUCAGCCAUGUCGUGAAUCGGCUGGCAGUGGCCGCCUUCAACACAGCGCAGGGAGUGCCACAGCCAUCCACGAUGGUGACAGAGAUGCUGAACAGGCAUCUGCCGAAGUUGGCAACUGCUGCGAAGUCAUUGUUGUUGCAAAUCCCGGAG